AGGACCGGGAAGGAGAUGUGCUUGCAAGCGGCGCAAAUCAGUGGGAGACCGAUGGACGACCAGAUCACUUCCUUUUCUUGGACCUUGGGGUUGAAAUUGACGUGUGUUGUUUAAAGCUGCGCUGCACUGGAACCCACUAUGACCCGAAGAACAUCACUGUAAUGCGUGGUAUGACUGGCAUCGCAGAAGUUGUCAGGGAACACAUCAAGAUGGCAAGCGAGGCUCAACGACCUCCCGAAGCACUUGCAGUAUCUGCUGAUGCUUUGUUGAGCAGAGGGACUUGGGCAGUCAUGAAAAGAGCAAGCUUAAAGUCUGGACCUGAUGGACGCGACAAGCAUGUACAUACACUGCACAUAUCUGGUGGACGAUCCCGUUUUUUGCAGCUGAUAUUCCACGAGUCUUGGUCAUCUACGGGCAACAUUCGCCUUUUGCAGCCGUUGUCCAUUUAUGGGACCAGAGUUCCACUGAAGGAGACCCGAAAAACCCCGCUGGCAAUCAUGUUCAGCGAGAGAGUCUUGCUGGACGAAGCUGAGAUGGAGACCCGGAAGCUCUCGCGGAAGUUCGAGAUCCCUUUGGAUGACACCCACAGUGUUCGCAGAGAGUUCUUACGCUUCGAUGUCGAGAAGCGGGGCUACUUGAGCUACAUAGACUUCAAGAAGGUGGUCAAGGCACUGACAUCGCGACAUGCCUUUUGCCGGGCGGAUGCGUUGUUACAAGAGACUCAUCUACGGGCCCUGUGGAACAUUGUUGACAAAGAUGGAGCGCUGGCAAAGUUUUCCCGGUCCUGCUGUGUUCUGGAUGCUUCACUCUGCCAUGACAUGCUGGCCGUCCUUGCAGUGCUUGAAAAGCCCCCGGCCAGAAGCUUGCACAGUGAAAAGAUGGUCGAGUCUGUCACCGAGCAUUUCUAUGCCUCUAUGGGUGUCAACCGCUUGCGGGGCUACUUGACGACUUUUGGUCCGGGAGGACUGCUGGAGUCGGAUGAGGAUGAAGUGGCUCAGGGCGCCGAGGAGAUGGAAAAGAAAAUGGCUGCAAAGAAAGCUGUGUGGCUUCGGGCGUCCUUGGUGGCAGCCACUGGCAAAGGCCGGUUGGCUGUUGGCACUGGUUCUGCUGAUGGUGAUGAUGGGUAAGAUGUCGGAGCACCAGUUUGGUUGUAGCAGAUAUCACCAUUCGUGGCAGUUGAUUCGAAUGAAUCGACUCCCGCCUUGGGAUCAAGUUCCCCAACAGUUCGCAGAGCAGUUUGAAAUGCUCCAGGCGCGAAAUGAAACACGAGUUUCAUCAAGCACAAGGGUUCGUGUUCAAUGGGUUUGCCCGUUUGCCAUGCGUGCUCAGUCGGCAAGUCAACACAUCACAAUCCCGGCUCACAUGAGGACACAUAUAGGUCAGUGUAUAUAUACUUGCU